AUGGAUAUCUCGAAAAGUGAGGGCGAGACGCCUGCAGUCUCCCAUCACCCAGAUCCGCGCGCUUCCUCGGACGGUCACCACCAUGGCAAACAGCCGGUUAUUGUGCCUAUCGAAGAAGAGGCCCUCGAAGAUGCUGAGCACGUCCACCUGAGCUGGAGGUCAUGGCUCGUCGUCUUCAUCACCUGCUUUGCCAUCAUGGCCCAGGUCUUUGUGGUCGUGGCUGCAGGCUCAGUCAUCGCCUUCAUCAUCAGGGAGCUGGGCGAAGCUCCCCUCGCCGGCUGGGUCAUCCAGGGCCCUCUUCUGAUGCAAAGCGUUCUCUCCCCUAUCGUCGGCAGGCUAUCCGAUGUGCUUGAUCGAAAAUACCUCGCAGCAAUACCCCCUCUCAUCGCAUUUGUCGGUGCAAUAAUUUCCGCGAAAGCCACCUCGAUGAGCAUGUUGAUCGGAGGAGGCAUUUUGAUUGGCACGACGCUCUCAACCAUUGCCAUCGUUCAGGCCAUUCCAUCCGAGAUCUUGCCUCUGAAAUACCGAGCCCUGGCGAACGGCUUCUCGUUCAUGGGAGGUGCUAUCGGUGGACUUGUUGGCGGUCUAGGCGCCGGAGCAGUCACCAACGUCGAUGUGGCAGGUUGGCGCUAUAUCUUCUGGAUCCAAGCGGCCUUCCACGGUGCCACGUCCCUAGGAUUGUUUUUAUUCUACUGGCCGCCCAAGAACGUCGAGUACCCCAAGAUGAGACUAAAGGACUACAUCUGGGCAUGUGACCCAAUCGGCUCCACCCUCUUCAUCUGCAGUGCUACCUUGAUGCUACUCGCCCUUGACUGGGUCGGUGGUGCCUAUCCUUGGUCAGACCCGCACGUUGCAGUUCCUCUUGCACUGGGGCUGGCACUUUUGGUUGCUUUCGCUGGAUAUGAAUGGAAAGGGCGGACGGAUGGCCUCAUUGCCCACGUGUUCUUCCGCAGGAAUGCGAACUUUGCGCUUUCCACAUUUGCCUUUGCUGUCGAGGGCUGGAUCUUCUACAGUGCGGUGAAUUCCGUCGUGCCACAGAUCGUCCUCCACCUUGGCUUUGAUACGGACGCAUGGACAAUAUCCAUCAGGCAGCUAAGCUACAGCCUCCUGACCAUGUUUGCUUCUAUUCCCAUAACGUGGUACGCCACUGCGUACAAGGACAUGAAGUCCCCGCUGCUGGUGACAUUCGGAAUCUUUCUUGUUGUCACUAUCUGCUAUGCAUGCAUCAAACCAACCUGGAACAAACCCCAGAUUGUCUUCAACGUGCUGGCUGGAAUCGGUCAAUCUGGACCCUUGACGCUCCUCGUCGCCUGCGUACAGUUUACAGCACCUCACGCCUUCCUGUCAACAGCAACUGGAAUGGCAUUUUCCGCUCGUGCCAUCGGAGGCGCCUUUGGCUCGGCCGUCCUCAACGUGAUCAUCAACGGACACUUGGCUAGCAACUAUGCGCCGGCAGUGGGCAAAGCUGCCACCGACGCCGGCCUCCCGGCCUCCAGCAUCCCUGACCUUCUGGCGGGUCUGGAGUCGGGUGUCCUGACGGGUGUCGAAGGCGCGACUUCUGCCGUCUGGGCUGCUGCUGCUGAGGAGAGCAAAUGGCAAUAUGCGAAGGCCUACCAGCUGGCAUGGGCAAGUGUCAUCCCAUUUGUGGUGCUGGCCAUCGUGGCCGUAGCAUUCCUGAGAGGCGUCAAAGAGUUGAUGACAGAGAAGGUUGAAGCUACUGUUGAGCAUGUCGACCAGAAUCAAGAGAAGAAGUGGGAGAACUCAUCCGUGGCCGCUUAA